GCAGCUCGGGAGAGUAGAACGUUGAACGUAAACAUCAGACGUGAACGCGAGUGCUGCAGAAAUAGCGAGAACGACGAUAUAUCAUCCUAGAAUACGAUCAAGUGUUACUAAUAAUCCUAUAUAAAAAAAUAUAUAAAAUCGUGAUUAAAUUAGAUCGAAUCAUGAUGGCACCACGACGAACGUUGAACAAGAGGAAUCUUGAAAAAGAAAAGAAUAAACCAGUGAAAAAACGAGAGAAUAAACAAAUUGAUCUAAAAACGAAAAAAAUCGAAUCCUUGGAGAAGGCUCAACAAGAGCUGUUGCACCACGUGCAAGCAUCUUCAUCGUUUCCAUCGACGACUGAUAAAAGUGAUGUAAUUAACUUCAAACAAGAGAUUGCGAAGUUGCAGAAGCAUAACAAAUUUCUGCAGAAGCAAAAUAGGCAGUUGUCCGAGAUGAAUGCUACUUCGCCUCAUAUUAUUGGAAUGUCGAAGAUCGCACAUAGUAUAUUAACUAUGAUACGAACUGCCAAGAAAGAACUCGCAAAGCAUCUUGACACUGUAACCUAUAAACCUUCGAGUGCUGGACCAAAAAAUAACAAUUUAUUGAUUGAGAAAGGAUCAAAAUCCUCGCUUCAUAUAGAUAAUUUGAGUAUGGAAGUCGAUGGAACAGAAACUGACAAUAAAGAAAACAUAACAAUUUUUGCUGAACAGCUUCUUGAUGACCCUUUGGAGAUCGUCAGUAAUAGUAGUACCAUUGAUGCAACAGAGACGGAAAAUGCCAUAGCUCUUUCAGAUAUGGUAAUCAAAACCAAAGUCGCAAUUGAGAAUGUGACUAAUCCAAUCCUACAGCAAUCACUUCAGCUAAACGAACAAGUGGAAUGCAUCAGCUUCGGCGGGGUACUCGUCUCGAAAAAGACGUUGCAAAACUGCCACCCGUCAAAAGUUUCAAAGUUAACAACAGACUUGAUGACUGUAAUAUUCUCGCAAUCGGAGAUGGCUGAAUCGUCUCUUACAGGAAAAAUUGCAAAUACGCACAAAAGUCGGAACAAAUGCGGCGAGGUUCGAGAGAAGAAACAACUCGAUCCGUUGAAAACCCGAGCCAUCAUUGAUUACGUACAGCAGCAGAUUCAAGGGUCAACAGAGACGGAGAUAAAAAAUGCGAUGAAAGGCAAAUUGAAAUAUGAAGCUCAAAAACUGAACGGCGUCGGAUUCAAGAAAUCCGGAAAACCAAAUACUGGAAAGUCGGUCAAGAAGGAAGUACUAGAUCAGGAUCAAGCACAAUAAUGAUCAGCGGGACAUAUGUUAUUCUGAAUUGAUGAUCCAGUACAUCAUCGGAACUUAAG